GAGACCAGCAACAGCAUAAAAGAGUGGUGCUCCUUCCGUAGAAAGAAUCAGAGUGUUGAUCUCCAUCUCACAAUCUGAGACAAAGUGAGCAGAGCAAUUGGAUCUCCGAGUCCUAAAAAGCAACCUAACUGCAAAUUGUCACCCAACCAACAACAUCCACAUCAACAACCAACCCCAAAAAACCCGCCAUCAUGAGAUUCCAAGCCGUCACGUUGGCCCUCUUCGCCGCCGCCGGCCUUGCAACCCCCAUCCGCCGGGACGUCAGCCAGGCGGUCUACACCCUGCGCCUCACCUCACGCAACAAGGCGCUCGACGGCCUGUACCUCACAGCAGCCUCCUCCGCCAACAACCAAGAGACGACCACCCUCGGCGUGAACACCUCCGCCGACCCGUCAGCGGCGACAGUCAAGUUCCACCCGGUGCGCAACCCCGACACGGAGCUGGACGAGCUGCGCAGCGCGGCGGAGGGCGGCGGCGCGCUGGCCGUGGUCGGCGCCAACGGCCUGCUGGACUUUGCCGCGCUCGCCGACCCCGAGGCCGUGCCCGCGCCCGACGGCACCACGGUGGAUUGGACGUCGUUCCGUCUUGACCAGGAGGACGGGGCGGUUGAGUAUGUGGGUAAGGGUGUGGAGGGCGGCUGGGUCGCGUUCCCGGUUAUGGGGGAGGAGGAGCGCUGGAGUGUGAAGUGGAGGGAUGUGACUGCGUGGACGACGGAGAACUAUAUGCCGGUGCAGGUUGUGUACGAGCUCGUCGAGGAGUAGCACGAUUCGGCGACGGGUUGGGUGAGUUGUUGUGGCCACUCCCCCUGAACGGACGAUUCGGGCCGUCGUUGUUGUUAUGACGGGAAAAGCUUGUGUUUUCAAA